UGCCUUGUUAAGGAAGUGUGUGGAGACUUCCUCUUCCACAGAUCCUGAUUGUAGCCGUCUUUCCUUUAAGUCUUAACGCUUGAGGUUCAUCUUUCAAACGUCUUUUUCAUUUUUACCUCUGGUAGUGACUCUUUGGAUAAGAAAGCUUUUGCUGAAUCAUUAAUUCUAAUUCUGGACCUUGAGGGACUGUUUCAGUGAAGGUCUUGUGGUCUUCUAUGCUGUUUGAUUUCUUUACAAGUGACGAAGUUGUAAAGUCCCUCCCCAGGGUCUGUGAACAAUGCAGAACUUCUGGGGAGAUGUUGUGAAUCUGAGGACAACCAGAGGAUCUACGAUUUUCUCGGGCAAUGACGAGGAAGCUGUUGUUGAUCAGGGGAAAACCAGCUCUACCAUCCACACAAACUUCGAAAAAGAGGAACUUGAAAGUCACAGGGCAGUUUACGUGGGUGUACAUGUACCUUUAGGAAGACAAAGCAGACGUAGGCAUCGGCAUCGUGGUCAUAAGCAUCAUCGGAAAAGAAAGGAUAGGUUCGAACAAGAGGAUGGCAGAGAAUCACCAGUGUAUGACACUCCCUCACAAAGGGUCCAAUUUAUCCUCGGCACAGAGGAUGAUGAUGAGGAGCACAUUCCUCACGACCUCUUCACUGAGCUCGAUGAGCUCUCUUUCCGUGACGGACAUGUAUAUGAGUGGAAAGAGACAGCCAGGUGGUUGAAGUUUGAGGAGGAUGUAGAGGAUGGAGGAGAACGCUGGAGUAAACCCUAUGUCGCCACACUGUCCCUGCACAGCUUAUUUGAGUUACGGAGCUGCAUUCUCAAUGGCACAGUCAUGCUGGACAUGAGAGCAAACACCAUUGAUGAGAUAGCAGACAUGGUAAUAGACAACAUGUUGGCUUCUGGGCAGCUGGAUGAGAGUUUGAGGGAGAAGGUGCGGGAAGCCGUGCUGAAGAGGCAUCACCACCAGAAUGAGAAGAAGCUGAGUAAUCGCAUCCCGCUCGUACGCUCCUUCGCCGACAUAGGCAAGAAACACUCAGACCCGCACUUGCUUGAGAGGAAUGGGGAGGGUCUCUCUGCCUCACGUCUGUCCCUCCUUAGACGCGCCACCUCCAUCUCCAACCCAUCUCCCCCAAACUCCCGGCGUCCCUCCAGAGAGUCCCGCUGCUCCCAUUCCUCCUCCAUUCUCAACCACCUUCUGCCCAGCGCCACCUCCACCCCUUCCGCCUCCCCCAACGUCUCCCCUACCACCACCCCUCAAAAUACGCCGCCCACCGCCCGCCACGCUUCAUCGCCUCCACACUCCCCAGGACCCUCUCAGCAUGGGCCGGAGCUGCUGGUGGCGCGGGGCAAGAGAGAGGACAUUCCAGUGGUCAUGGUGUUCCCACCCGAGGAGGAGGAUUUGCAGUCACGGUCAUCUGCCAAUCAGGAUGAUCAGGUGGUGCCCGACCCGGCCCGGCUGGCACAGCUCCUGUCCCUACCUCAGUCAGGCCUCCUUGCAUCACCCCAGUCAGCCCCAGGGAACCUGGAGAACAGCAAACCCAGUGAAAGCCGUAUGAACGUGGCUGGGGGCAGCAGGGAAAACAGCACUGUGGACUUCAGCAAGGUGGACAUGAAUUUCAUGAAGAAAAUUCCUCCAGGCGCUGAAGCUUCAAAUGUUCUGGUGGGGGAAGUUGAUUUUCUUGAGUGUCCAAUCAUCGCAUUUAUUCGUCUCUCACCUGCUGUUCUCCUCACUGGACUGACUGAAGUGCCUGUUCCUACCAGGUUUCUCUUUCUGCUGCUGGGGCCUUUCGGUAAAGGGGCACAGUACCACGAGAUUGGCCGGUCAAUAGCUACUUUAAUGACAGAUGAGAUCUUUCAUGAUGUGGCAUACAAAGCCAAAGACAGGAAUGACCUCCUCUCUGGAAUAGAUGAGUUUUUGGACCAGGUAACUGUGUUGCCCCCUGGAGAGUGGGACCCCACGAUACGAAUCGAGCCACCAAAGAGUGUCCCAUCUCAGGAGAAGAGGAAAAUACCUUCCACGCCAAAUGGCUCUGCUCCACUGUCAGAGACCAUCAAAGAAGAGGAGCACCACACUGGACCUGAACUUCAGAGGACAGGACGGAUAUUCGGGGGUCUGGUGCUAGACCUGAAGCGAAAAGCACAGUUUUACUGGAGCGACGUGCGGGACGCACUCAGCCUGCAGUGCUUGGCCUCCAUUCUGUUCCUCUACUGUGCAUGCAUGUCGCCCGUCAUCACCUUUGGAGGCCUUCUGGGGGAAGCCACCAAAAACAACAUAAGUGCCAUUGAGUCUCUGUUUGGAGCUUCCCUGACAGGUGUGGCCUUCUCUCUUUUUGCUGGUCAGCCACUUACUAUUUUAGGCAGCACUGGGCCAGUUCUUGUUUUUGAGAAGAUUCUUUUCAAGUUCUGCAGUGACUACGGCCUCUCCUACCUCUCUCUGCGCACUAGCAUCGGCCUGUGGACGGCCUUCUUAUGCCUUGUGCUGGUUGCCACGGACGCCAGCUCUCUGGUGUGCUACAUAACACGAUUCACAGAGGAGGCCUUCGCUGCUCUCAUCUGCAUCAUUUUCAUCUAUGAAGCAUUGGAGAAACUUUUCUACCUAGGAGAGAUGUACCCUUUCAACAUGCACGACAAUUUAGACAACCUCACCUUUUACACGUGUAAGUGUUCACCUCCAGACAAUACCACACAGGAGAUGGUACAGUCUUGGAAUCAGUCAGGGUUUACGUCGGACUCCAUUAAUUGGAGUGAGCUAGAUGUGCCGAUGUGCAAAGCACUCCAUGGCGAGUUUGUGGGUCCUGCUUGUGGUCUUCAUGGACCGUACAUACCUGAUGUGUUGUUCUGGUCUGUCAUUCUCUUUUUCACCACCUUUUUCCUGUCGUCUUUCUUAAAGCAGUUUAAGACCAAGAAUUAUUUUCCCACUAAGGUCCGCUCUUCCGUCAGUGACUUUGCUGUUUUUCUGACCAUAAUGAUCAUGGUCUUGGUUGAUUACUUGGUGGGUGUCCCCUCUCCUAAACUACACGUCCCAGACACCUUUGAGCCCACCUCCAAGAAUCGGGGCUGGCUGAUCUCACCUCUGGGUGACAACCCCACAUGGACCUUACUAGCGGCAGCUAUUCCUGCCCUUUUGUGCACCAUCCUGAUCUUCAUGGAUCAACAGAUCACUGCCGUCAUCAUUAACCGCAAAGAACACAAACUCAAGAAAGGCUGCGGUUAUCACCUUGACCUUUUGGUGGUGGCAGUGAUGCUUGGUGUGUGUUCUGUGAUGGGAUUGCCCUGGUUUGUCGCUGCCACCGUCCUAUCCAUCUCUCACGUCAACAGUUUAAAGGUGGAGUCAGAGUGCUCGGCACCAGGAGAGCAGCCUAAAUUCCUGGGCAUCCGUGAGCAGAGAGUCACUGGUCUCAUGAUUUUUGUCCUUAUGGGUCUAUCUGUCUUUAUGACAUCUAUUCUAAAGUUUAUACCAAUGCCCGUGUUAUAUGGAGUGUUUCUCUACAUGGGUGUGUCCUCUCUCAAAGGCAUACAAUUCUUUGACCGGAUUAAGCUGUUUGGCAUGCCUGCCAAACACCAGCCUGACCUGAUAUACCUGAGAUAUGUUCCACUGUGGAAGGUUCACAUAUUCACGUUAGUUCAACUCACCUGCCUGGUGCUGCUGUGGGUCAUCAAAGUGUCUGCUGCCGCUGUGGUCUUCCCUAUGAUGGUUCUUGCUCUGGUGUUUGUGCGGAAGCUUCUAGAUUUCUGCUUCACAAAGAGGGAGCUCAGCUGGUUGGAUGACCUAAUGCCAGAAAGCAAGAAGAAAAAGGAGGAUGACAAAAAGAAAAAAGCAAAAGAGGAAGCACAGCGCAUGAUGGAGGCAGAAGGCAUAGAGAUCCCUUAUGAUGGUGGUGAUCACCUGGACAUCCCUGUGAAAGCUCUAAAAGUCAGCAUUGACCCCUCUGUGGUUAACAUAUCUGAUGAGAUGGCCAAAACUGCUGUGUGGAAAGCUGUUGCCAUGAACUCUGACAGUGCCAAAGUAUUGAAACCUAGUGCAAGUGAAGAGAAGAGAACUAGUAUUAAGAUCAAUGUGGAAGAUGAGCAGGGAGAGAAAUUUGUGGAUGCAGAGACAUCAUUAUGAGUAACGUGCAUGGAGCACUCGCUGUGGACACAUAGGGCCCUCCCUUGAGUCCACUAAUCUGUAAAAGUGUUGCUCUGUUCUAUGUGCCCUACCAACCAAAUCAAGCCAAAGGUAGACAUGCUAAUAGAGGUCUGAGAAAUGAGUUCAAAGUACAGUGUAUGUACCUUUUUAUUUUGAUAGCUUACAAAAAAAUCCCUUUUUUAUUUUGUACCAUUUGUUUUUAAUAUGAAUACUAUGUUUUCAGGCAUAGGGUAUAUAAUGAGAAACCCAGGCGCUUAGAUUUCAUAUUUUAUUUUAUUGUUUUCAAUAUAGAUCUAAAGACAGAAAGUCUAAAACAAUUAGUGUUACACAUACAAUGCUGUUUCUGAUGGUACCAUGAUUUUCAGACAUCUUAUAAGAUAUAUUUAUUUACCAGUACAUUAAAAUGCUAUUUGUUGCAGAGUGCUGCUUUUUAGAGGAGCAAUCGCACAUAUGAGAAAAUGUGCAAAGGUUUUGGCUUUCCAAACUGUUUUUGGAUUCUUUGGAUGUCACAUGAAGGACAUAUUAAACCCUAAUGCAAAGUUAAUUCUUUACCAUAUUAAAUAUGAUUAUUUUGUAAUAGUAGAACCUUUAUUCCCACUGAAGGUCUGUCAGAAUACUUGAAGAAUUAAAUAAGAGAUAUAAAAAUACUAUAUUAAAACAAAGAUGAAAAAACAUACUCUGGUGAGAAGAAUACAAGUCAGAAUAGAACAAGAACAAAUUAAAAUAAGUUAAAUCAAUUCUUGCAGGCACUCUGAAAAUAAAUAGCAGCUAUGUUAGUAUUGUUGCCGAAAUAUUUGAGCAAUGUAAAUUACAAAGCAGAUUGUGUUACAGAGCUAAGCAAUAUUAGUUGUCCCCCAUGUUUUCACGUGUUUACAUUAUUUCAUUUUUUUAGUGUUAUGACGUAGAAUUUUGUAUUGUUAGUUAUUUUGAUUUUUACAAUGUGUUGAGCAAUUAAUUUAUUAACUGUCAUUUAAUGGUCAAGUUCACCGAGGCGAUAGGGCAGAAGGAUUGCUGCAGUGUUGUUGGCCUGUCAUGUUUUCCUUUUCUUUCCUGUUACUGGUGUUAAUGUGCACUUUAGGGAGGCUUACCAUACUGCUGUAGGUCUGAAAACACCUUAUUUAUCUACUUUAGAGCAGUCUCAGGAAUCUCAUUUUUUGGACUCUUUCCCCAUACCACUCUUUCUACCUUACCAUGUAUUUUAGUUUUCUCUUCAGUGCUUUAAGAACAAUUGUCUGCCGCCUUCCUUUUCCUUUUAUGAGCAAUUUGAAUGCUUGCCUUUUAAUUUUCACUGAACGGAGAAAAUAGCAGUCCCUCUCUAUCGCCUCUUUUUAUGCCAUUUUGUUGAUGCAGAAAAACAUUUUGAAAGGCUACAGAUAUUGAAGAUGUUUUUUGCAAUAUUUAUAAUAAUCCAAAAGAGCAAUUGUCAAAAAAUUUUAUCUUAUGAUUAUUUUUUAUCUUAAUCUAUACUUUUGAACUGGUUUGGCAGCGGAGUUUGUCCUCAGCCAGGUGUAGUUAAUUUAAAAUGCAUAGCAUUUACUUAGCUGACAUUGAUUGCAAAUUUGUAAGCAGACAAACUGCCCUUACGCUCUUAAAUUUAUGCAGUAAGACAGAACUUCUGCAAUCCCACUAUUAAAAUGAAAUACCUCUGACUAUUAGGUGUAAAAGCACUCUGACUGACUUGUAAAUCAGUAUGUUAAUUCUGUACUCUUUCACUCUUGCAGCGAGUUGCAUGUUAAUGUUUGGAGUCUUUGUGAGUAGGGAAUAAUAUUGUGAAGCAAAUCCAGAAGACAGCGUUCCAUUUGAUAUUGCGCUAGUAUCUUCCAUUUAGCCCCUUAUUAGGACUCUGAACAAGUAUUGCUGUGGUAGUGUUUUGAGCUUCCAUCUGCACAAUGUAAAUGUCUUGUAUCAAAAUAAACUCUUCAUUGUUUCAGCCCAGUUCAGACAGGCAUUUCCCAAGUGAACUGGCCAAAUCAAGAUUGAAAAAAAAUAUGUAGGAGAUACUGUAAGUUUUGAAUUUGUACAAUGAAUUUGUUUAUUAAAAAAGAAAAAAAGGUAUUAUUACCAACA